CACACACACACACACACACACACAUACACACACACACACACACACACACACACACACACAUACACACACACACACACACACACACACACACACACACACACACACACACACACACACACACACACACACACACACACACACAGGUAAUCAUGCAAGCUUGCAUUUACAGUGCAGAGUGUUUGUUUAAUACUUCCGUCAUUCUCAUUUACAAUCACACAAUCGCCUUCAAGGAAAAUAAAAAAAAAUCUCUCAAGUACACACACAAACACUUUCUCCCUUACCUAGACUCACCUGCACCCGCCGUCAAACACACCGUUGUCUCUCCCUCCCUGCUCUCUCUCUCUCUCCUUCUGCGUCUCUCCUUCUCUCUCUCCGUUCCGCCCGGUGCUCUCCUCACCGCUCCUCGCUGGCAGUUUAUUUUGGGUGAUAAGUUCUACACGUAGUUGAACUCUUGUUUCCUGGAGUGUGGUGGACUGUGUGUGUGUCACUUACACUGUGUUGUGUCCUCUGUCUACGUGUGUCUGCGUGCGUGUGUGGUUGUGUGUGUGUGUGUGUGUGUGUGUGUGUGUGUGUGUGUGUGUGUGUGUGGGUCCAGGUGAUGUUUGAGUUUCGCCGCAGCGGGAGGUUGGAGCUGAGUCUGAAGACGGGAGAUGUGAUCUUCCUGCUGAGGAGAGUCAACGCAGACUGGCUGGAGGGCACGGUGAACAAUCAAACUGGCAUUUUCCCAGAAUCCUUUGUGAAGGUCAUCAAGCCCCUCCCAGAGGACGAGGGGGGCGUGGCCACAUCUGCCUGCUCCUACAGCUGCCUCCGCUGCUACAUGCUCACGUCCUCUGGGGUGGACACCAGAGAUGUGUGUGUGGAGGAAGACAUCACCAUCCAGCCAUCCUACAGCGAUCUUCUGGCUCGCAUGAGAGAUGUUUUCAACAUGGCCGACAUCGCGCUGAACUACCGCGACCCCGAGGGGGACCUCAUCCGCAUGCUGGACGACGAGGACAUCGGCCUGAUGACCCGCGAGGGGCGUCGCCAGGCCCGCGGCCGCGCCCAGCGCCCCGUCAACCAGUUCCCCUGGGAGCUGCACGUCACGCUGACCUCCGACCUCUCCGUGUACGCCACCGAGGGAUGAUAACAGCGAAAAGAUGGUGAGAAGGGCAAGAGAUGUAUUUGUAGAAAAGGGAGAGAGAGAGUGAGGGAGAGAGAGAGAGAGAGAGAGAGAGAGAGAGAGAGAGAGAGAGAGAGAGAGAGAGAGAGAGAGAGAGAGAGAGGGAGAGGGAGAGGGAGAGGGAGAGGGAGAGGGAGAGGGAGAGGGCCAAAGAUAGAAACUGAGUGAUGCCAAAUUUGUAUUAAAUUGGAGUUGGUGUACUUCUUGAGGUCAGUCUAGUUCAAAUAUAAAACUUGUUUUGCUUUAUAUAACUUGCAGCUAUGUUCUGUUCUUAUCGGUUCAGUGUGCUGGUAAAAGUGUAAUACAGCAUUGAAUGUGUCAAAGCAGAUUAUGUCAAAGGGAUAUAGAGAGUACAUUCUCAGACUAAACUCUGCUUUAAAUCAGUGUUAGAAUACAUCCUAUAAGAUAUGUCCUAUGAUUGACACCUAAGCAAGACAGUUGCAUUAAAAUAUAUCAAGUGAAAUACCAA